AUGGAUCCUUUAGGCACAAAUCACAAAGAUGAGAAGGACACUGCUUUCAUGAAAGUAGAGAAGGAGGAGGAGGAGGAAGAUGAAGAUGAGAAAGAUGAUAGCGAGACAACAGUGCUAGACGGUGAGGAGGAAUCAGAUGACAAAGCCAAGGAGACUGAACCCCAGCAGCAGCAGAAGCAGCAGGCCUGGGCCCCCACUACCUACUCCACGUUUGGUAAAGAGGUGUUCUGCUACGUAGGAGAGGAGAUCAGCAUCUUGGAGGCCUUGGACUCUUACGGUGCUGUCAUCUGGCCAGCGGCGUUGGCUCUGUGUCACUACCUAGAGACCAACGUUGAGCAGUUGAACCUGGAGGACAAGGCAGUGCUGGAGCUAGGAGCAGGCCCUGGCCUAGUGUCUAUUGUAGCCACACUCCUAGGUGCCUGGGUCACAGCUACAGACCUACCAGAGAUCAUAGGUAACCUGAGAGCCAACCUGCUCCGUAACACAAGAGGGCGCUGUAGGUACACUCCCCAAGCUGCAGCUUUGUCCUGGGGUCCUGACGUGGAACGCACCUACCCCAGAUCCGUCUAUCGCUAUGACUACGUGCUGGCGGCUGACGUGGUGUAUCACCAUGACUACCUGGAAGAGCUGCUGUUCACCAUGAGAUACUUCUGCCGUCCAGGAACCACUCUGAUCUGGGCCAACAAGGUCCGCCUCAAGACAGACCUGAGCUUCACAGAGAACUUCCAGAACACCUUCAACACCACACUGCUGGCUGAGACUGGAGAAGUAAACAUAUUCAUGGGCACGUGUCGAGAAACAGAGGAGGAACCAGAGCUGGUCCCAGGAAAACAACAGGAAGAGGAGGAGGAAGAACAUGUCACAGAGCGUUUACAGGAGGAGGAAAAUGGUUUAGAGGAAAAGGAGGAAGAGUUUAAGGCAGAUGAAACAACUGAGAACGAGGAAGAAGACGAGACACAGAAGAAAGGACUGAAAGAGGAGAACAAGGACAGAGAAAACCAGGAAGACUCUCAGGAUUGCAGAGACGAUGAAGAGCAGCAGAAUUCUGCUGGCUCACAUUCUACCUCCGAAUCAGAGCUUGGGGGUCUUGAGGAGGCAGACACUCAGGACUCAAAUGUCCAGCAGGAGGAGAGACCAGUCUGGGUCGAGCAGUUUGCAGAGGAGGCAGACACUCAGGACUCAAAUGUCCAGCAGGAGGAGAGACCAGUCUGGGUCGAGCAGUUUGCAGAGGAGGCAGACACUCAGGACUCAAAUGUCCAGCAGGAGGAGAGACCAGUCUGGGUCGAGCAGUUUGCAGAGGAGGCAGACACUCAGGACUCAAAUGUCCAGCAGGAGGAGAGACCAGUCUGGGUCGAGCAGUUUGCAGAGGAGGCAGACACUCAGGACUCAAAUGUCCAGCAGGAGGAGAGACCAGUCUGGGUCGAGCAGUUUGUUGUGAAGGCAGACAAAAGGUCAGAGGAACAAGACAACAGUUUGGAGGAGGAGGAGGAGGCUGAUGCAGGUGAUGGCAGUUGCCAAGCAUGGGAGGAACAAACAUUGGAACAUAGUGAUGAAGGAUAUGAGGAUGAUGACGAUGAAGCAGAAAACACUAACUCCCGCUGUAGCACCGAAGUGACUGACGAAGACAUUAUCGAGGAGUUGGACACCAAGGAAGCCCAGCUGGAUAAUACCCACGUCCCCUGGAUACGCCUGGACAGAGAGGUCUACUUCUAUGCUGGGCACAAAAUCAACAUCGUCGAGGCAAUGGACUCCCAUGGCGGAGUGAUAUGGCCAGCAGCGUUGGCUCUAUGUAACUACCUGGAGACCAAUACUGAUGUGAUAGAUCUGAAAGGAAAGCAGGUUUUGGAACUGGGAUCAGGGACAGGAUUAGUGUCUAUCGUCGCCAGUCUACUGGCUCCUAAUGUAACGUGUCCCCCUGGUGCCCAGGUGACGGCCACCGACCUCCCAGACGUCCUUAGUAAUCUGAGAUACAACUUGCUCCGAAACACCAGAGGGCGCUCUAAAUAUACACCUGAGGUGACAGCUCUAACCUGGGGUCCUGAGGUGGAACGCACUUACCCUAGAUCCGUGUAUCGCUAUGACUACGUGCUGGCGGCUGACGUGGUGUAUCACCGCGACUUAGAGGAGCUGCUGUUCACCAUGAGAUACUUCUGUCGUCCGGGAACCACUCUGAUCUGGGCCAACAAGGUCCGCCUCGAGACAAACCUGGUGUUCACUGAGGACUUCAAGAACACCUUCAACACCACCCUGCUGGCUGACAUGGGAGAGGUUAAGAUCUUCAAGGCCACGUGUAAAAGGUAG